AUGGGCUUGCUGCGAGAUGAUACGUGGGUUCCGGAGCUAUGGACCCUUUUUGGCGUCGGGGAAUUCAUUCUAUUGUCUCGUGUUGGGCUACGGUGCUGGCUGCAAGGUCUCCAUCGGCCAGCAGCCGAGGACUGGGUCUCUCUUUUGAUUCCUGUCUUCUAUACUGUAUGUGCGGCCGGCUGCUAUCUGGUGUAUAUCUAUGGAAACAAAGUGGACUUCACUCAGGCCGAGAUCAAUGCCUUAACCGACGAAGAGGCGCGCCGUCUCAUUAUUGGAACUAAAUGGGAGCUCGUCUUAGCAUACUCCUAUCCGACAGUUCUCUGGCUCCUGAAAGCCAGCUUACUGCUGCUGUAUUGGCGCUUGACGAGUGGACUUGGGCGACAUCGCCUCUUAGUCUUGCUUAUUGCAGUUAUCUGUCUUCUAACCUACCUUGGGGUCAUACUUAGUAUGUCCCUUGCGUGCAUUCCCUUUAGACGAUUCUGGGAAAUCAAGCCGUUACCUCCCAUCAAUUGUAUUCAGCCACCGAAUAUCUUCAUUGCGUUAGCAGUGUCCAACGUUUUGUAA